AUGGACGCUAGUUCACUAUGCCGGUGCUGUUUAGCCCGACCUCCUGAUAAAGAACUGAAAACAACGUACAUAUUCUGCGGGAACAAUGAAAUUUAUGCCGAUAUGCUAAAAGAUUGUUUUGAAAUUCACCUUCCAACCGAUACAAAAGAUAGUGACAACGGCAUAUGCGAAUCUUGUGUCUUGCGUCUCCGAGAUGCGUUUGACUUCAAACACCAGGUGAUUCGAUGUCAGAAGGAAUUCCAAUAUAGAAGACCAGUAGACGAUUUGAAAAAAGAAGAAAUUCCCAAAGUAAAAGAAGAGUUGUUGGAAGAUGGCGAUCAAGAUGUUUUCUUCUUUGAUAUGAAUAGCGAUUCUUUACCAGCAAUAGAUACGGAUUCAAAAUUAGCGGAAAUAUUAGGUCUAAAAGAUAUGACGGUUAAGCGAAAACGGAAACACAAGAAACAUGUAAUACAAGAUGAUGAUUGCGAUGACUUGCCACUGAAAAUGUUUAGCAUGAAGAAGCAAGACGCCUCCGAGAUAUAUUCAGACAACGCGAAACAUGUAUACAACGUGAAGAAAAUAAUGCAAUAUUCAAAUUGCACACCCUUCUUCAACAAAACCUUAAGCGGCAUCAUCUGCGCCUCUUGCAAAACGACCUGCGCAAAUCUAAACGAACUACGCUCCCACAUACAGGAACACCACCCAAAGCUUAACUUCAGCGAGAAGCGGUUGGACAAAAGCAAUCUAGCACUCAAAAUAGACAUAACAGAUCUACAUUGCAGCAUAUGCAGCAGGAGCAUGCAAAACAUAUCUACCCUCAAAAAACAUUUGACCUCCGAACACAGUGAAAAGUUCUUCCCGGAUCUCUACGACUACAUUUUCGAAUUCAAACUAACGGACGGCGAGAUACUGAACUGCGCGUUGUGCAAUUCGACAUUUGAGACAUUCAAAAUGUUGUUACAACACAUGAACGGGCACUACCGGAAUUAUAUAUGUGAAAUUUGCGAUAUGGGCUUCAUAAAUAAACACCGGCUGAAGAACCAUAAGCGAACGCACGAUGAGGGUAGUUUUAAAUGUUCGUACUGCGAUAAAGUGUUCACUACCGGCGUUAGGAAGAAAUGCCAUGAGAAGUACACGCACAACUCCAGUGCUAGAUACACGACUAACUGCCCCCGCUGUGAGAAGACAUUCAACAGUUACUACCAACGGAAUAGGCAUAUGUUUGCCGAGCAUAACAUAUCAGCGGCCACAUAUAAGUGUAAUGUGUGUGAUAAAUCGUUCAUAUUGAAGUCGAAGCUGACUUCUCAUAUAAAGAAAGUGCAUUUGAUGGAACGGAAUCACAUAUGCCCGGACUGUGGUCAGGGGUUCUUCAUCAAGCAGUCGCUAGAUGAACAUAUGAUCAGGCAUAACGGGGAGAGGGUGUUCAGUUGUACGGUGUGCCAUAAGGCAUAUGCCAGGAAGAAGACCUUGAGGGAGCAUAUGCGGAUACAUAAUAAUGAUAGACGGUUCAAAUGUGGUUUGUGCGGUUUGGCCUUUGUGCAGAAGUGCAGUAUGAAGAGUCACAUGUUGUCAAACCAUGGGAUAUCCCUCACCGAGUUCGAGAACGCUACUAAAGCGAUCAAUAUGAAAGCUGAUCAGUAG